GACUGCCAGGGAAGGAGGCAGAACACGGGCUUUAACGGUAUGGAGGGGCAGACUGUCUACUGUUAGAUCAGCAGCAGAGGCAGGCCCGAGCCUUGUGUAGCGGUGAUUUGCGCCCCCGCCACCCCGGCUGAAGCAUUGAGGAUAAUGCGGGUGUUUUCCUCCCUUGCUCCUUUCUCCUCCCACUGAAUAUCCUGCACAGACCCGAGCUCGGAAAGAUGCCUGCCCAGUGUUUCUGCCUGGCAGCACAGGCUCGAUUCGACUCAAAGUGGCUGAAGACGGAUUUGCAGCUUGCAUUCACUCGAGAUGGACUUUGUGGUCUUUGGAAUGAAAUGGUCAAAGAUGGUGAAGUUGUUUAUGCGGGUCCUGAAGCAGUGCAAAAUCUUAAUGACUCAUUAACAUCAAAAGAGGACAAUAACGAAUGUCAGGCUGGGUCAAAGAAGGAUGAACAGAAUGACAAAGAGAAAAAGGAUGAAGAGGAGACGCCAGUGUCCACUUAUCGUGCCAAAACAAUUAUCGAGUCAUGGGUUUGGGGCAGACAGCCAGAUGUGAGUGAAUUGAAAGAAUGUCUACAUAUACUUGUGAAGGAACAGCAGACGAUUGCUGCACAAGCCGCAACCACAACCCUCUCUGGGAUAAGACUGAAACAGAGAUUGGCAGUCCUUGACCGAUACUUCAUUGCACUCAGUAGAAGUGUACUCUUGGAACAUACAAACGUUAAAUGGAAGAGUAUUAAUGUACCCAUGCCUGUUGCUGACAAGAAAAGUUCUAGGCCAGUUGGGAAAGGUGUUGAAGGACUUGCCAGGGUUGGAUCCAGAGCAGCACUUUCAUUUGCCUUUGCAUUCCUUCGCAGAGCUUGGAGAUCAGGUGAGGAUGCAGACCUGUGCAGUGAGUUACUGCAGGAAUCUCUUGAUGCACUUCGUUCUCUCCCAGAGGCAUCACUCUUUGAUGAAGGCACAGUAUCCAGUGUGUGGCUAGAAGUAGUGGAGAGAGCAACAAAAUUUCUCAGGUCUGUUGUUACAGGUGAUCUUCAUGGAGCACCAAGCUCUAAGGGGUCAGGGAACAUUCCACUUCAAGACCAGCAUUUGGCUCUUGCAAUACUUCUAGAAUUGGCAGUACAAAGGGGAACACUGAGCCAAAUGCUGUCCGCUGUUUUGCUACUACUGCAGCUUUGGGAAAAUGGAACCAGGGAAACUGACAAUGAAAGAUCUUCACAAGGUACCAGCGCACCACUUUUACCUCUUCUGCAGAGAUUCCAGAAUAUACAGUGUGGGAAAGAUAUGCCAACUGCAGAUGAAGAGAUAUUGGGAAAUCCUCUGACCCCAAAUGAAUGUUUUUUGAGAUACCUUACUUUACCGCAAGAUAAUGAUUUGGCUAUAGAUCUACGGCAGACAGCAGUUGUGAUUAUGGCUCACUUGGAUCGUUUGUCAACUCCUUGCAUGCCACCACAGUGUAGCUCUCCUCCAUCUCAAAAGGGAUCUUUGCAAGAAGUUCUUGGCUGGGGGCUGCUUGGUUGGAGAAGUCAAACAACAGUGAUUUGUCCAAUUCAGUGUGAAGGCAUUGCUAAUCUUGGAGUGAUGCAGAUUGCCUGUGCUGAGAAAUGCUUCAUUAUUCUAUCAAGGAAUGGAAGGGUUUACAUGCAAGCAUACAGCAGUGAUACACUGGCGCCACAGUUGGUUCAGGGGCUUGCCUCAAGGAACAUUGUAAAAGUUGCAUCGCAUCCAGAUGGUCAACAUUUUCUGGCCUUGUCAGCAGCUGGGGAGGUGUUCUCUUGGGGAUGUGGUGAUGGUGGAAGACUUGGCCAUGGAGACACUGUUUCUCUUGAAGAACCAAAGAUGAUUGCUGCUUUGUCAGGAAAGCAAGUGGGAAAGCAUGUUGUUCAUGUUGCCUGUGGAAGCACCUACAGUGCAGCCAUAACCUCAGAAGGGGAAUUGUAUACGUGGGGAAGAGGAAACUAUGGUCGACUUGGACACGGGUCCAGUGAAGAUCAGACCACUCCCAUACUGGUGACUGGAUUGAAAGGAUUGAAAGUUAUUGAUGUUGCAUGUGGCAGCGGGGAUGCCCAGACUCUAGCAGUGGCUGAGAAUGGUCAGGUAUGGUCGUGGGGGGAUGGUGACUAUGGAAAAUUGGGCAGAGGUGGCAGUGAUGGCUGCAAAACCCCCAAGUUGAUUGAAAAGCUCCAAGACCUUGACAUUAUAAAAGUGCGCUGUGGCAGCCAGUUUUCAGUUGCAAUUACAAAAGAUGGACAGAUUUACACCUGGGGAAAGGGUGAUACCCAAAGACUUGGACAUGGAACUGAAGAGCAUGUGCGAUAUCCAAAAUUGUUGGAGUGUCUUCAGGGUAAAAAAGUAAUAGAUGUUGCUGUUGGAUCCACACACUGCAUGGUACUGACUGAAGAUGGUGAAGUUCAUAGUUGGGGCAGCAAUGAUCAGUGUCAACACUUUGAUACUCUGAGGAUAACAAAACCAGAGCCAGCUGCACUGCCAGGCCUUGAUACUAAGCACAUUGUUGGCAUUGCUUGUGGGGCAGCUCAGAGCUUUGCUUGGUCUUCGUGUUCAGAAUGGUCAAUUGGCCUUCGCGUACCCUUUGUUGUGGAUGUUUGCCAGAUGACAUUUGAGCAACUGGAUUUGCUGUUGCGGCAAGUAUGUGAAGGAAUGGAUGGCACUUCAGACUGGCCUCCACCUCAGGAAAAAGAAUGUAUGGCCGUUGCAACACUCAACCUACUGAGACUUCAGCUUCACGCUGCUAUUAGCCAUCAGGUUGACCCAGAAUGUCUUGGUUUAGGCAUAGGCGGUGUUCUAUUGAAUAGCUUGAAGCAGACUGUGGUGACUCUUGCCAGCAAUGCUGGAGUUCUCAAUACGGUUCAAUCAUCAGCACAGGCUGUGUUGCAAAGUGGAUGGUCUGUGUUGCUCCCCACAGCAGAGGAAAGAGCCAGAGCCCUUUCAGCUUUGCUACCUAAUGCAGUUUCAGGGAAUGAAAUGAAUGUAAGUCCAGGCCGUCGAUUUAUGAUUGACCUGUUAGUGAGCAGUUUGAUGGCAGAUGGGGGUUUAGAGUCGGCACUGAAUGCUGCAAUUACAGCUGAAAUCCAGGACAUAGAAGCAAAGAAGGAAGCCCAAAAAGAGAAGGAGAUAGAUGAACAAGAAGCGAAUGCUUCAACACUCCAUCGGAGCAGAACACCACUGGAUAAGGAUCUUAUUAAUACUGGCAUAUAUGAGUCUUCUGGGAAACAGAGCUUACCGCUUGUUCAACUUGUACAGCAGUUAUUAAGAAACAUUGCAUCACAAAGCAUUGCUAAAUUGAAAGAUGUCACACGGCAUAUUUCUUCUUCUUUGGACCAUGAGCACUUCAAUCAGGAGAGGUCAGCUUCUUUGGAUUUGUUGCUGCGAUUUCAGCGUCUGCUAAUCAGCAAACUUUAUCCUGGUGUAAAUUUCAGUUAUGAGACCAAUGGAUACAGUCCUGAGCUUUUGGGAGUAGGUUCAUUGCUUAAAAAGUAUAUUGCCCUCCUGUGUACACACAUAGGGGACAUUUUGCCGGUGGCAACCACCAUUGCUUCAACCAGUUACAGACAUUUUGCAGAGGUGUCUCGUAUUCUUGAAGGAGAUUUAACAGGAGUCCUGCUUCCUGAACUGGUGGUUUGUGUUGUCCUGCUUCUCACUAAAAAUGCUGGACUGAUGCAGGAGGCUGGGGCUAUUCCUCUGCUGGCUGGAUUGCUAGAACAUUUAGACAGGUUUAACCAACUGGCACCUGGCAAAGAGAGGGAUGAUAAUGAUGAUUUAGCAUGGCCUGGAAUAAUGGGAGCAUUCUUCACAAAUCAGAGCUCACGGAACAAUGAGGAGGUUACCCUAAUUCGAAAAGCUGAUCUUGAGAACCAUAAUAAAGAUGGUGGCUUUUGGACUGUAAUUGAUGCAAAGGUGUAUGACAUCAAAGAUUUCCAGACACAGUCAUUGAGCGGGAGCAGCAUUCUUGCUCAGUUUGCUGGAGAAGACCCAGUGGUUGCAUUGGAAGCUGCCCUCCAGUUUGAAGAUACAAGAGAGUCAAUGCAAGCAUUUUGUGUUGGCCAAUAUAUGGAGCCAGAUCAGGAAGUAGUAACCACACCGGACCUUGGUAGUUUAUCUUCACCUCUGAUCGACACAGAACGGAAUCUUGGUCUCCUCCUAGGAUUACAUGCAUCAUAUUUGGGAAUGAGUACUCCUUUGUCAUCUCUAGAGGUCGAAUGUGCCAAAUGGCUGCAAUCUUCCCUUUUCUCCGGUGGUUUGCAGACAAGCCAGAUUCAUUACAGCUAUAAUGAGGAGAAAGAUGAAGAUCAUUGCAGCUCCACUACAACUCCAGACAAAACCAAACGUUAUGUACGGAAUUUAACACAAGGUGAUCACACUCAACCGUUCCUACAGGCUAUUGCAGACAACAACAUUCAAGAUUACAAUGUAAAGGAUUUCUUGUGCCAAAUAGAACGCUAUUGCAAGCAGUGUCAUCUGACAACACCAAUCACUUUCCCUCCAGAGCAUCCUGUGGAAGACGUAGGGCGGUUACUCUUGUGCUGUCUCCUGAAGCACCAGGAUUUAGGCCAUGCAGCUUUAUCUAUUAUCAACCAAAAUGCGUUAGGAGUCGAUCAAGGAAAGCUCAGAGUCUUGCCUAAGUUGGUGGGUGAUGUUUGUCGGGUGGUGUAUCAAGCCAAGUGUUCUUUAAUAAAGACUCACCAAGAGCAAGGACGUUCCUACAAAGAAGUGUGUGCACCAGUAAUUGAACGUCUGAGAUUUUUGUUCAAUGAGCUGCGGCCGGCUGUCAGUAAUGACAUUUCUAUAAUGUCUAAGUUAAAACUGCUAGGCUCCUCGCCUCGGUGGAAGAAAAUUACCCAGAAAAUCAUCCGUGAAAGAAGGAGAAUGAGAGUUCCAAAGAAGUCUGAAUCUGCUGAUGUGGAAGAAUCCAAGAAUGACAACAGUGAGAGUGAUGUAGAAGAUUCCUGCGUUGUGUCUCUUAGCCCUGAAGGUGUGGAUAAAAAAGUCUUACCAGUGAAAUCAAAGGACAAGUGGCAACCCCUCCUUUCUUCUGUAGCAAGUGUUCACAGAUACAAGUGGCUGAAACAUAAUGUUCAGGGUUCUUGGCCGCAAUCGGCAUUAAUGGCAAAUAUACUUGACUUCGCCUUGAAAGAAGAGCCAAUUGAUGUGGAGAAAAUGCGAAAGUGUCUCUUAAAACAGCUGGAGAGAGCUGAAGUUCGAUUGGAAGGAAUUGACACAAUGCUUAAACUGGUAUCAAAAAGUUUUUUGCUUCCAUCAGUGCAAUAUGGCAUGUUAUGUGGUUGGCAAAGACUCAUCCCUGAGGGGAUAAAUAUAGGUGAACCUGUUUCAGACUGCCUGAAGGAUGUGGAUCUCAUACCGCCAUUUAACCGUAUGUUACUGGAAGUUACUUUUGGAAAGCUUUAUGCCUGGGCUAUUCAGAACAUUCGAACUAUGCUAUUGGAUGCACAAGGUAGAUUUGAUGGUCUAGGCAUGCAGUCCGUCUCUCUGCAUACUGUAACGAAUGAGAAUCCUUCAGCACCAAGUCUUGGUACCAUUCCACAAGCUCGCUUCCUACUCAUCAUGAUAAAUAUGCUGACACUUCAGCAUGGAGCCAACAGUCUAAGCCUUUUGUUAAACUCUGGUUUGCUUGCGUUGACGCAAACAGUUCUGCGACUAAUAGGAACAGGACCGUCCAUAUCAAAAUUGGAAAGAAACAGAUUUAAAGGUGGGGCUGUGUUGUGCGCAUGCGGCCCUGCUUCCGAUAGUGGUGAGGAUGAUAUUGGUGCCUCUCUUCAUGGAGCCUCAGCCACUGUUUUAGAGGAAUCAAGAAAGGAAACCACACCAGCUCCGCUGCCUGUCUCUGGUCCAGAGCUGGCAGCAAUGAUGAAAAUUGGGACUAGAGUGAUGAGGGGUGUAGACUGGAAAUGGGGAGAUCAGGAUGGACCACCUCCAGGAUUAGGCCGUGUAAUUGGUGAAUUGGGGGAUGACGGCUGGAUCAGGGUUCAGUGGGAUACUGGUAGCACUAACUCCUAUAGAAUGGGAAAAGAAGGAAAGUAUGAUCUGAAAUUAGCUGAACCACCACCUGCUACACAGCCAGCCACUGAAGACUCUGACACAGAGGACGAUUCUGAAGCAGAACCCAUUGAGAAGAACACACAUCCAACUGUGAUGCUGUUGUUGGGAACAGUUAAUCUUCUGCAAACAUUGUCACUUUCUGCUGGAAUUCACUCAGACCUAGUCCAAAAUGAAGCUACCAAAACUUUAUGUGGUCUUUUGAGAAUGCUUGUGGAGAGUGGGGCAUCAGAUAAAACUGUUUCUUCUAUAAACAAAGUUGUAUCCAGAGAGCAACACAGGAGCUGGUGUACCCUGGGUUUCAUUAGAAGUGUAGCAAUUACUCCUCGAAUGUGUAGUACUCUGAGUUCAUCUCAGUGGAUCAGCUUGCUGACCAAAAUUGUUGAAGGACAACAGUCAUUCACUGCUGUGUCUCUGCAGCGACAGAUCUUAGCGCUGCGUUUGCUGCAAGCAGUUCUUCCUUCCUGGGACAGAGAUGAGCGGUCAAAAGACAUGAAGUUCCUUGUUGAAAAGUUAUUUGUGUUUUUGGGUAGCCUUCUGAGCACCUGUUCAAGUGACCUUCCACUCUUAAGAGAUGGAAUGUUGAGAAGAAGAAAAGCUAGACCUCCAGCUUCUCUGACUGCCACCCACAGUAGCACACUAGCAGAGGAAAUCGUUGCACUGUUGCGAACUCUUCACACUCUGAAUCAGUGGAAUGGACUUAUCAAUGACUACAUCAAUUCUCAGCUGAAUUGCAUCAGUGAAAUCAUGAGUGAUAAAGUGCCAGAGGCAACAGUCUUGGAAGAUUGCUUCCCAGAUUCAGAUAAUCCAGAGAUUAGUGGAUUGAUGGCAGUACUGGCUGUGAUUGGUGGAGUAGAUGGACGCCUGAGGUUGGGUGGUCAGGUGACACAUGAAGAGUUCGGAGAGGGGACAGUGGCUCGUAUUACCCCUAAGGGAAAAAUUACUGUACAAUUCCAUGAUAUGCGAAUGUACAGAGUUUGUCCUUUGAGUGAGUUACAACCGCUUCCAAUGACUUCCUUCAGUAUUAACAACUUGCCAUUUGCUGACCUAAUGCUGUCAGUCUGGGCUCAAUUGGUGAAUCUAGCGGGGAGCAAACUUGAAAAGCGCAAAAUGAAGAAAUCUAGCCAAAGCCUCACAGAUCAAGUGGAUUUAUACUUGUUAAGAUGUCAGCAGCUGAGACUGUACAUACUGAAGGCAGCCCGAGCCUUGCUCAUGCACCAGGAUAAAUUGAGACAGAUUCUUUCACAACCAGCUGUAUUUGAAACGGGACCACUUUGCACAGAGGAUGCUGCAGUUUCCUCCCCAGACACUGCGGACUUUUCACCUGAGGGACCACAGCCCCCGUUGAUCUUACUCCAGCAACUGCUGAGUGCAGCUACCCAACCAUCACCAGUGAAAGCUAUAUUUGAUAGACAGGAACUUGAGGCAGCAGCCCUUGCUGUCUGCCAGUUCUUGGCAGUGGAGUCUACCCACCCAUCUACGCCGGUAUUUGAUGACAGCAGCUCAAGUGAGGCGACAACACCUGUUACAGUGCAGCCUGUACGUCCACUAAAACACAAGAAGCGCAAGCCUUCUCCCCCUCCACCUUUACCCAUUGUAGCUCAACUAAUGGAAAUGGGCUUUGGACGGAAAAAUAUUGAAUUUGCACUAAAAUCGCUUACAGGAGGCUCUGGAAAUGCUACAGGAUUGCCAGGUGUGGAAGCAUUGGUUGGUUGGCUGCUAGAUCACCCUGAUGUGCAGAUUGCAGAACUUUCUGAUGCGGAGAGCACUUUAUCGGAGUACUCAGAUGAAGAGAUUCUGGAAGAAGUUGAAGAGACUGAAGCUGCUUACGCUGUGAUUGGUCCUCAAGCAACUGUACCUAAUCCUUGGGCUGCUGUGGUGACUGAAAGCCAAACCUAUAAGAAACGUGCUGAUUUCCUGAGUAAUGAUGAUUAUGCUGUGUAUGUAAGGGAGAACAUUCAGGUGGGAAUGAUGGUCCGAUGUUGCAGAACUUAUGAAGAAGUUUGUGAGGGAGAUAUGGGAAAAGUAAUCAAAUUGGAUCGAGAUGGAUUGCAUGAUUUAAAUGUGCAGUGUGACUGGCAGCAAAAAGGUGGGACUUACUGGGUCCGAUACAUCCAUGUUGAGCUGUUGGGCUUCCCACCACAGAAUUCUACUUCCCAUAUUAAGAUUGCCGAUAAAAUACGAGUUAAGGCUUCCGUUACCACUCCAAAGUACAAGUGGGGCUCAGUUACCCAUAGAAGUGUGGGAGUUGUCAAAGCAUUCAGUGCCAAUGGGAAAGAUGUUAUUGUUGAUUUUCCGCAACAGUCUCACUGGACUGGCUUGUUGUCCGAAAUGGAGUUGGUACCCAGUAUUCAUCCAGGAGUGACGUGUGAUGGCUGUCAGAUGUUUCCGAUGAAUGGGCCCAGGUUCAAAUGUAGAAACUGUGAUGAUUUUGACUACUGUGAAAACUGUUUCAAGACUAGAAAACACAAUUCAAGGCAUACUUUUGGUAGAAUUAAUGAGCCAGGACAAUCACCAGUAUUUGCUGGACGUUCCGGAAAGCAACAGAAUAAGCGAUACAGUUGUGAGAGAGGAAUGUUGCUAGACGAUUGGUCGAGAAUUGUAAAGAACUUUGGAGUCUCCUCGUCUGUCAGCCAAAUUUCCCGCCUGAUUGAUGGCUCUGGACAAUGUUGGCAGUCUUCAGGCUCACAAGGGAAACACUGGAUUCGUUUGGAAAUCUUCCCAGAUGUCCUCGUUCAUAGACUAAAUAUGGUUGUCGAUCCUGCUGACAGUAGCUAUAUGCCUUCAUUAGUAGUAGUCUCAGGUGGAAACUCACUUGAUAAUCUCAUUGAACUGAAGACUAUCAAUAUUACUCCUACAGACACUGUUGUAAUGCUGCUGAGUGAAUGUGUGGAGCACAGGUAUAUUGAGAUUGCAAUCAAACAGUGCAGAAGCUCUGGGAUUGAUUGCAAAAUUCAUGGCUUGAGCAUUGUAGGACGUAUCCGAGCAGAAGAUGAAGAUCUUGCUGCAAACUUCCCCUUCCUUGCUUCGGACAAUGAAGAGGAAGAUGAUGAUAAAAGCAACACUGGAAGCCUUGUACGGAAGAAAGCGUCUGGCAUAGAAUCUUCAGCCACCAUUAGAACAAAAGUAUUUGUCUGGGGACUGAAUGACAAAGAUCAGCUGGGAGGACUGAAAGGCUCAAAGAUAAAAGUCCCUUCAUUUUCUGAAACAUUGUCAGCUUUAAAUGUUGUUCAGGUGGCUGGAGGUUCCAAAAGCCUUUUUGCAGUUACUGCUGAGGGAAAAGUCUAUGCUUGUGGUGAAGCUACUAAUGGAAGACUUGGGCUUGGACUAUCCAGUGGGACAAUACCCAUCCCCCGGCAGAUCUCAGCUCUUAGCAAUUAUGUUGUAAAGAAAGUAGCUGUGCAUUCAGGUGGUCGUCAUGCAAUGGCUUUAACCGUUGAUGGAAAGGUGUUUUCCUGGGGUGAAGGAGAUGAUGGGAAGCUUGGACACUUCAGCAGAAUGAAUUGCGAUAAACCAAGACUGAUUGAGGCAUUGAAAACCAAGCGUAUUCGAGAUAUUGCUUGUGGGAGUUCUCACAGUGCUGCCAUAACUUCCAGUGGUGAACUGUACACAUGGGGUCUUGGCGAAUAUGGCAGACUUGGACAUGGAGACAACACAACACAGCUGAGACCAAAAUUGGUGAAGGUUCUUCUGGGGCACAGAGUCAUCCAGGUAGCAUGUGGAAGUCGAGAUGCACAAACACUGGCAUUAACUGAUGAAGGACUGGUAUUUUCCUGGGGUGAUGGUGACUUUGGAAAGCUGGGUCGUGGAGGAAGUGAAGGUUGCAAUGUUCCCCAAAAUAUUGAAAGACUCAAUGGUCAAGGCGUUUGCCAGAUUGAGUGUGGUGCACAGUUCUCCUUGGCACUUACGAAACCUGGUGUAGUAUGGACCUGGGGCAAAGGUGACUACUUCAGACUCGGCCAUGGUACUGAUGUUCAUGUUCGGAAGCCACAGGUGGUGGAAGGCCUACGUGGGAAAAAGAUUAUUCAUGUGGCUGUCGGUGCAUUGCACUGUCUUGCUGUCUCUGAUACAGGACAAGUUUAUGCUUGGGGUGAUAAUGACCAUGGGCAGCAAGGAAAUGGAACCACAACAGUAAACAGGAAGCCUACCCUUGUACAAGGUCUAGAAGGACAGAAAAUCACCCGUGUUGCUUGUGGGUCUUCACACAGUAUAGCGUGGACAACAGUGGAUGUGGCAACGCCUUCUGUGCAUGAACCGGUCCUGUUUCAAACUGCUAGGGACCCCUUGGGCGCUUCAUACUUGGGUGUCCAGUCAGAUCUAGAUUCCUCGACCAUCAGCAACAAAAUCAGUGGCUCAUGCAAUUCUAAACCCAAUCGCCCCUCUUUAGCAAAAAUUCUACUUUCUUUGGAUGGGAACCUCGCCAAGCAACAGGCAUUGUCCCAUGUGCUGACAGCUCUGCAGAUCAUGUAUUCUAGAGAUGCUUUGGUUAGAGCUUUGAUGCCAGCCAGCAUGAUUGCACCUGUGGAAUGCACAUCCUCAUCUCCAGUACCACCAGUAGACUCCUCUGCAGCUACAAGCCCAGCUGUUGAACAUGCUUCGGAAGUGGCAAGCGAUGGGGAAGAGAGAGAGAGUCCCAGUCCUUGGCAGGACAGGAGAGGAGAGGUUGGACCUUCAGAGGAAGCUGUAACUCCGACAUCCGCAGUAACGCCCUCUACCUCAGCUACUUCUGCUCGUCCUUUCAUUCCUGUGACUGAUGACCCUAGGGCUGCCAGUAUUAUAGCAGAGACUAUGACCAAAACAAAGGAGGAUUCAGAAAACCAGGCAAAGUCAACUGGGCCAGAGCCACAGCACCUAGAUGAAUUCACAAGUCUACUUGUACCAGAUGACACUCGAGUAAUGGUUGAUUUGUUGAAGUUGGCUGUGUCGACCCGUGCAGGGGAAAAGGGCAAAGAUGUUUUGUCGGCUGUGCUUUCGGCCAUGGGCACUGCCUACCCCCAGGUGGCUGACAUGUUGUUGGAACUAUGUGUGACUGAGUUAGAAGAUGUGGCCUCUGAUUCUCAAAGUGGGCGCCAUUCUCCUCAGCCAGUGAUAGUGGAAAGCAGUCACCCAUACACUGAUGACACAUCUACCAGUGGGACAGUGAAAAUACCAGGUGCUGAAGGUCUUCGAGUUGAGUUUGACCGGCAGUGCUCCACAGAGCGCCGUCAUGAUCCGUUAACCAUAAUGGAUGGUGCCAACAGGAUAGUGUCUGUUCGAUCAGGUCGAGAGUGGUCUGACUGGUCUAGUGAACUGAGAAUUCCUGGUGAUGAGCUCAAGUGGAAGUUUACCAGUGAUGGUUCUGUGAAUGGCUGGGGAUGGCGAUUUACGGUGUAUCCCAUUAUGCCUGCUGCAGGGCCUAAAGAUCUUCUGUCAGAUCGGUGCAUUUUGUCAUGUCCUUCAAUGGAUUUAGUUACCUGCCUGCUGGAUUUCCGAUUGAGCUUUGCAUCAAACAGAAGUAUUGUGCCCCGUUUAGCUGCUUCUUUGGCAGCUUGCGCUCAGCUAAGUGCACUCGCUGCUAGUCACAGAAUGUGGGCCUUGCAGAGACUGCGCAAACUCCUGACCACAGAGUUUGGUCAGACCAUAAAUAUCAAUAGGCUUCUUGGCGACAGUGAUGGAGAGUCGCGAUCUUUGAGCUUUACUGGGACUGCUUUAGCUGCAUUAGUCAAAGGUCUUCCAGAGGCUUUGCAGCGUCAGUAUGAAUAUGAAGAUCCCAUAGUAAGAGGGGGAAAACAGCUCCUUCACAGCCCAUUCUUUAAGGUUUUAGUUGCUCUGGCAUGCGAUUUAGAGCUUGAUACUCUACCUUGCUGUGCUGAAACACACAAGUGGGCUUGGUUUAGACGAUACUGCAUGGCCUUGAGAGUUGCUGUGGCUCUGGAUAAGAGAACGUCAUUGCCACGGCAGUUUCCUGAGGAGGUGGCAAAAAAAAUCCGUGAAUUAAUGAUUGAGAAUGAAAAUAUGGAUGUGCUUCAUGAGAACCAUGACAUUUUUAGAAGAGAACAAGAUGAACAACUUGUUCAGUGGAUUAACAGACGGUCUGAUGAUUGGACCCUUUCUGCUGGUGGAAGUGGAACCAUUUAUGGCUGGGGCCACAACCAUAGAGGACAACUGGGGGGUAUAGAAGGUGCAAAAGUUAAAGUUCCAACACCAUGUGAGGCAUUAGCAACCUUAAGACCUGUGCAGCUGAUUGGUGGAGAACAGACAUUGUUUGCGGUAACAGCAGAUGGAAAGUUGUACGCUACUGGAUAUGGAGCUGGGGGAAGACUGGGGAUUGGAGGAACAGAGUCUGUAUCAACCCCUACUUUGCUGGAAUCCAUUCAACAUGUUUUUGUAAAGAAGGUGGCAGUAAAUUCAGGAGGCAAGCAUUGCCUUGCUUUGUCAUCUGAAGGUGAAGUCUACUCCUGGGGAGAGGCAGAAGAUGGCAAGCUGGGUCAUGGCAAUAGGAGCCCCUGUGACCGACCUCGUGUUGUCGAAUCGCUGCGUGGUAUCGAAGUGAUUGAUGUUGCUGCAGGAGGAGCACAUAGUGCUUGCAUCACUGCAGCAGGAGAGCUUUACACUUGGGGAAAAGGCAGGUAUGGAAGACUGGGACAUGGGGACAGUGAAGAUCAGCUGAAACCAAAAUUGGUGGAAGCACUGCAGGGGUACAGAGUCAUAGAUGUUGCAUGCGGAAGUGGAGAUGCACAAACUCUUUGUUUGACUGAUGAUGAUAUUGUCUGGUCCUGGGGAGAUGGAGAUUAUGGAAAACUUGGAAGAGGUGGCAGUGAUGGCUGUAAAGUUCCAAUGAAGAUUGAUUCCCUAACUGGACUUGGUGUGGUUAAAGUGGAAUGUGGAUCACAAUUUUCAGUGGCUCUAACUAAAUCUGGAUCUGUUUAUACUUGGGGUAAAGGUGACUACCAUAGGUUGGGUCAUGGCUCUGAUGAUCAUGUCAGGAGACCUCGGCAAGUCCAGGGGUUACAAGGGAAGAAGGUGAUCGCUAUUGCAACUGGAUCUUUGCAUUGUGUAUGCUGCACUGAGGAUGGAGAAGUUUAUACAUGGGGAGACAAUGACGAAGGGCAGCUCGGAGACGGGACGACUAAUGCCAUCCAGCGGCCACGCUUGGUAACUGCACUGCAAGGAAAAAAGAUUAAUCGUGUUGCAUGUGGUUCAGCCCACACCUUGGCAUGGUCAACCAGCAAACCUGCCAAUGCAGGAAAGCUCCCAUCACAGAUUCCAAUGGAAUACAACUACCUCCAGGAAAUUCCAAUAAUCUCAUUGCGGAAUAGACUGUUACUACUACACCAUAUCUCUGAACUCUUCUGUCCCUGUAUUCCAAUGUUUGAUUUGGAAGGUCGACUUGAUGAAACUGGGCAAGGCCCUUCAGUUGGACUUGAUACUUUACGUGGAAUAUUAAUAUCACAGGGCAAGGAAGCUGCUUUUCGCAAGGUAGUCCAAGCGACGAUGGUCCGAGAUCGACAGCAUGGGCCUGUUGUGGAGCUUAACAGAAUUCAGGUCAAACGUUCCAGAAGUAAAGGAGGUUUGGCAGGUCCUGAUGGCACAAAGUCUGUUUUUGGUCAGAUGUGUGCUAAGAUGAGUUCGCUCAGUCCUGAUAGCUUGUUGCUCCCUCACAGAGUCUGGAAAGUCAAGUUUGUUGGUGAAUCAGUGGAUGAUUGUGGUGGAGGCUACAGUGAAUCGAUUGCAGAGAUGUGUGAAGAGCUUCAAAAUGGUUUGACGCCGUUGUUGAUUGUUACCCCAAAUGGAAGGGAUGAAUCUGGAGCCAACCGAGACUGCUUUCUCUUAAAUCCAGCUGCCAAAUCGCAGUUGCACAUGAACAUGUUCAGAUUUCUAGGUGUACUGUUAGGCAUUGCUAUACGUACAGGCAGUCCUCUGAGUCUCAAUUUGGCUGAACCAGUGUGGAAACAGCUGGCAGGAAUGAAUCUAACAAUUGCUGACUUGAGUGAGGUUGACAAAGACUUUAUUCCUGGGCUUAUGUACAUCAGAGAUAACGAAGCCACAGCUGAGGAGUUCGAGGCCAUGUCUUUGCCAUUCACUGUGCCAAGUGCCAGUGGUCAAGAUAUUCAGCUGAGCUCCAAGCACACUCAUAUUGUAUUGGAGAACAGGGCAGAGUAUGUUAGGCUGGCCAUAAAUUAUAGGCUGCACGAAUUUGAUGAGCAGGUUGCUGCUGUACGGGAGGGGAUGGCUCGAGUUGUCCCUGUACCUCUUCUUUCUCUCUUCACUGGCUAUGAACUGGAAACAAUGGUAUGUGGAAGUCCUGAUAUACCACUUCACCUUUUAAAGUCUGUCGCCACAUAUAAAGGGAUAGAACCAAAUGCGUCAUUAAUCCAGUGGUUCUGGGAAGUGAUGGAAUCCUUUUCCAAUACUGAACGCUCCCUUUUUCUGCGGUUUGUGUGGGGACGCACACGAUUGCCAAGAACAAUUGCAGACUUCAGGGGACGGGAUUUUGUUAUUCAGGUGCUGGACAAGUACAAUCCUCCAGACCACUUCCUUCCUGAAUCGUACACUUGUUUCUUUUUGCUGAAGCUUCCCAGAUAUUCCUGUAAACAGGUGUUAGAGGAAAAGCUGAAGUACGCUAUUCACUUCUGCAAAUCAAUCGACACUGAUGAUUAUGCUCGUAUUGCACUAACUGGAGAGCCAGCUGCUGAUGACAGCAGCGAUGACUCUGAUAAUGAGGACGCAGACUCUUUUGCAUCUGAUUCUACACAGGACUACUUAACAGGCCAUUAGAGGAAGGAACAAAAGGAAAGAAAUUAGACUUGCAAUCAAGCAUUUUGAGUGUACUUCUGGGCAACAACAUCUUCAAAAUAUGCUGCAGGAAUUCAGAUUCUCUUCAAAGAACAAAAGUGGAUGGAAUAAUGUGGAAAAUUUAGAGUUCUCAGAAUCAACCACAGCGGACAAAUGUAAUUAUUUAUUGCUUACCAUAGCCGACUAAUACUUUUAGAGCCCAAUGUGUUAUUUAGAAUAUGGUACUUUAUCCCUCACAAACACAAUGCACAUGUUUUGUUUGAUGAGGUUUUACUUUUGUUGCACAAUACUAUAUAACCAUAGACAUGGAAUUAGAUUUGAGAGCCUCUUCUUUGUGUUUACUAAUUGUUUGUUUUUUAAAAUGUGUUUUAGUCCAGAGGUAACAUAGCAACAUGAAGUAGCACCCAAAAUGAAUUUCUUAAGCCCUUUCACUGUGGUAGGGUGCAAUGUCAAGUUGUUUAGGGUCUCAAUAUUUGUUCUGUCAUGUGCAUUCUCUCCCUGCUGUAUAUUGAGGUAACGUGCAACAACUGCAAGAGUAUUAUAAAUACUAUGUAAGCUGACUUUAUUAGUAGUGUUUGUUUAUAUGACAGUGAACAUUUUGAAUGUUGUAUCAUUUAAAGUUCGAUAUUCUUAAAACAGCAAGAACACAUUACAAAUGGUCUCAACUCUUAGUACUAUUGGUCUUUUUUCCGUUAAGUUUUAAAAUUCUCCUAAAUGUGCACAGAUUAACUCCAUUGUGAGGUAUGAGGGCAGUCAUUCUACUUACAUUGACAAAUGUACAUAAUUUGAUAAUUGUGCCAUGUAAACACACAAAGUAAAUUCAUUCAUUUUCUUGUGAAUAAAACCUUGGUUUAAACAA